GUGUGUGUGUGUUCAGGUGGAGCGUCCCGCUGGGUGCAGCGCAGCGUGUCAUGGACGCGGUGAAGGAGGGUCACAAGAGCAGCCUGAGCUCGGGUAAAAUGGUGGCUCUGGCGGCGGGGCUCUCUGUCGGGGCCACGGUGGGCUACAUGGUCUAUCGCCACAUGAGCAGCACCAGCAGCAGUCAGGGGCCCGACACCGAGGUGUCAAAGAUGACGCUCCCUGUGGAGGUUUACAGGAACAUGUCCAGAUACCAGGCCAAGUUUUUGGAUGUGGUGACCCAGAGGUCUGGAGCUCAUGUGCGGGUGUUGUCGGGCUCGGGGGAGCCUGGCUGUAAGGCCGUGUGCUUCCUGCUGCAGGGCUCGAAGGAGCAGAUCCUGCUGGCCCGCUGCGUCCUGGAGAACCUGGUCACCGACUGUGAACCGCUCACCGAGACCUUGGAGGUUCCUCAGACCGCCUUCGGACGUAUCAUAGGUCGUGGUGGAGGGAGUUUGAAACUGAUCACCAGGACAACGGGGGCCAAAUUGUCUUGUUCCAAAGAGAAGACAGCGGGUCCUGGAGCGAAGGGCAACGUGACGAUCACAGGGACCAGAGAGGAGGUGAAACAGGCCAAGGAGCUGAUUCUGGAGAAAGUCAGAGAGGACACGACGGUGAGGACGAAGAUCUCGCAGUCGUCCGCUCUGCGUCAGAGGCGUGGCCACACUGCGGUGAACCAGAGGCCGGACAGAACAGAACCUGAGGCACCGGCGGGUUUGAACAACAACGGCCCCCACCCCCCAGUGAAGAACGGGCUCAUUCAGUCGUGUGGAACCGCAGGAGAACCAGAACAUAUUCAGGACAAGAUGGAGGAGCACAAACUCAGCAACACUGACAGCAAGGAGGAGGAGGAGGAAGAGGAGGAAGAGGAGGAGGAGGAGAGUCUCUCCACAGACUCUCUCUCUGAAGUUUCCAAGUUUGAAAUUCCCAGUCCAGACCUGAGCUUCCAGCCUGACGAACAUCUGGAAGUUUACGUCUCUGCGUCGGAGAACCCGAACCACUUCUGGAUCCAGAUCCUGGGGGUCCGCUCCCUGCAGCUGGACAAACUGACGGAGGAGAUGAACCGCUUCUACAACGGCGGCGACCGCACAGAGCAGAGGGUGGAGACCAUCGUGGUCGGGGACAUUGUGGCCGCUCCGUACCGAGACCACGGCACGUGGAACAGGGCCAGGGUGCUGGGAGUCCUGUCCUCUGGACACGUGGACCUUUACUAUGUUGACUUUGGGGACAACGGGGAGCUGCCCAGAGACAGUCUCUGCCGUAUGAGGAGUGACUUCCUCAGUUUACCAUUCCAAGCCAUCGAGUGCAGCUUAGCAGGAGUGAGACCGAAAGGAGAGGCGUGGACUGAGGCGGCCCUGGAUGAGUUCGAGCGGCUGACGUACUGCGCCUCCUGGAGACCCCUGCAGGCCAAACUGUGCAGCUACUCCCACUCUGAGGUCUCCUCCUGGCCCAGCGUCAAGCUCUAUGUGAACAGCGAGGCCAAGACUGUAGAUAUCGGAGAGGAGCUCGUACGGCUCGGCCACGCCGUCAGCUUCCAGGAAGUGAUGAACGGAAAGACUGAGGGCGACAAUCUUGGCUGUCUGCAGAGGAUGCUGGACGACGUGAUAGGAGCGUCGUCAGAGCUCAGUCUCUCCUGUAUCAGCUUGUCAGAAGUCGCCUCGAUCUCAGGAAGCGUCGAUGAUGUCAUAGAGGACGAGCUGCUCUGAGACCAAAGACGUAAAUAAAUGUCAAGCACUGACCAUCCAUUCCUCAGCAUCAGCUCUGAUGAGAUGAAGGGGGUGUUUCCUCAUCUGACCCGACUCGGCCACAUGACUCCUCAUUGUGAAGCCUUACCUACCUGACGACUGCAGCAAUUCUUCCAGCCAUAUUCACUUUAUCGUUAUUACUUCAGUACACAAUGAAUUCUUUGUUUUGCCUUUAUGCUGUUCUGCAUCUGUUCCAGCGUAGCUUCAGCGUGUCAUUACUAUAUUUUGUGUUCAGAAAAUGAAGAGGAACAAAAACAAAAUGCCAGUAUUAUUAUUUUUUUCUCUACUUGUAUGCAUAUGAAGAUUUAAUGACCUAUAUAUUAGGCUUCGAGUUAUUAUAUUUGGAAAUGACACUGUACAGUAUUAUUAUCGUGGUCCUCAGAUUGUGUUCAGUAUGAAAAUAUGGCAUCUACUGUAUCAUUAGCAGAGGUUUGUCUUCAGAGCUAUAUAUAAAGGGUUUAUUUUAUGUCACAAGAA